AUGUUAACAGUUAAUGCUCCAACAGCUAUUAUAAACUCUCAUUUAUACCGACAAGACUCAGCUUCCACGCAGCAUGCGUACAAAAUCAAUAAUGUUAAUUUCAUAAAUCUCAAUCUUGCUUUUCCUAAAACUAAUGGAAGUUCAUGUAGCAACAUAUUCCAUAGUUCAUCGUUCUCUUGGAUAUGUGAAAAGCAACACAAGGGCGUUCAUAGUAUAUUGCAGUGUGGGUUACAUGAUUCAAUUUCAUCCGAUGAUGAGUACCGUUCUUCACGCAACAUAGCCAUCACCUUGUUUAAGCGUUACAGGAAUUUUGCUGAUCGUGGAGGAGGUGACAAUCUUAAAGAGUUCAUCACUGCUGGAGUGAAUGCAUAUGAACUUGGGUGCACUGAUGAAGGAUUAAGGAAAGAGCUUACCGAUAUGAAGGACUCUGGCAUUGAAAUUGAAGCAAUGCAAAGUUAUGGUGGGAGCACAAGCUUGAAAUCUAAAAUCUUCUCGGAUGAGAUUGAUGAGUGCAUUCUGUGGUUAAGCAUUAUAUUUAUCACAAUCUUGUGUACACCCCAGCUAACUAUUGUUAGAUGGUCAUCAACACCUUCAGUGUCAGAUGAAGUGAGAAUUCAAUGGAAAGGAUUUUGUGCUCUCAUAGCAAAUGCAUAUUUUAUGAAAGGAAUGGCUUGGCUACCUGUAAAGACUCUUCAAUUAGAGCAGACGGCUGUGAUGGACGAAGCUGAGAAACCAUCCGUUGUUGCUAGCAGAAUGCGCUUAGUCUUUAGCACACUGGAGGUAGUGAGUCCGCAGUGGCCCAAAGUGUAG